CUUCCUCAGCAGCUGCCAUUGCUGUGGUGUAUCAGAAAAGAGGGGAGGGAGAAAAAGAGGCAGUGGCGAAGAACGAGAGAAAAAAGGGGGAGGGAGUGACAGAGAAGCGGAACGGCUCAAGGAAGAAGAAAAGGGUGGCUGCCUCUGGAGGAAAUAAUAGUGAAGGGGCCUCAUAGCGGGAGGAAGCAAGCUAGGAGACAGGCAGAUUAGCAGCGGUUGUAUGGCUCAGGCGGCUGCUAACGGUGUGGACCAGGAUUUGGCCAGCAAGAGGCUGCACUCAAGGAUGGAGGCCUCCUGCUUGGAGUUGGCCUUGGAAGGAGAGCGGCUGUGCAAGGCUGGGGACUUUAAAGGGGGAACAGCAUUUUUUGAGGCAGCCGUGCAGGUCGGCACAGAAGACUUGAAGACCCUCAGUGCCAUCUACAGCCAGCUGGGCAAUGCCUACUUCUACCUCAAGGAGUAUGGCAAAGCCCUGGAAUACCACAAACAUGACCUUACUUUAGCCAGAACAAUAGGAGACAGAAUUGGAGAAGGAAAAGCCAGUGGCAACCUUGGUAACACAUUAAAAGUGUUGGGGCGCUUUGAUGAGGCUGUUGUGUGCUGUCAAAGACAUCUGGAUAUUUCUCAAGAGCAGGGCGACAAGGUUGGAGAGGCCAGAGCACUGUAUAAUGUAGGGAAUGUGUUUCAUGCGAAGGGUAAACAGCAGUUAUGGGGCUGCACCCAGGAACCAGGGGACCUGCCUCCUGAUGUCAGAGACACACUGCAAAGGGCUACUGGCUUCUAUGAGAUGAACUUGUGUUUGGUCAAAGAACUUGGAGAUCGAGCUGCUCAGGGGAGGGCCUAUGGGAACCUGGGCAACACCCACUAUCUACUGGGAAACUUUGUCGAAGCUAUCAAGUUCCACCGUCAGCGAUUAUCCAUAGCCAAAGAAUUUGGGGACAAAGCGGCAGAACGGCGAGCCUACAGUAACCUUGGCAAUGCCCUGAUAUUCCUGGGCCAGUUCAACACAGCCACGGAGUACUACAGGAAAACUUUGCAGCUGUCUAGGCAGCUGAGGGACCAGGUGAUGGAGGCUCAGGCCUGUUACAGCCUUGGAAACACCUACACUCUUUUGCAGCAGUAUGAGAGGGCCAUAGACUACCACCUGAAACACCUGUACAUAGCCCAGGAGCUUACUGAUAGAGUCGGUGAGGGCCGUGCCUGCUGGAGUCUGGGAAAUGCAUACGUGUCUUUAGGGAACCACAAACAAGCUCUCCACUAUGCCCGAAAGCACCUGGACAUCUCUAAAGAAAUUGGAGACAGAAAUGGGGAACUGACAGCCAGAAUGAAUGUGGAGCAGCUGAUGGAGGCUCUGGGGGUCAAUGAGAGCGACCUUUCACCCUCCAGCUCAGAGUUUGAGAUGCAAGGCGCAAGACCCAAAUUCACCAAGAGAAACAGCAUGGACAGUGUAGAACUGUGGAAGUACUCUUUGGAUAAGAAUGGUGAGAACCAAGACUUGGAAAGUAUACCCAGGAGAUCCAAGAGUCAGCUGUCGCAGCCAGGUAAAAGAAAAGGCUAUCCUGACAGUCAGUCAUCAGAUGAAAGGCCGUGGUUGGACUCCCCUGUAGACACUGAUGAUAUCACUGUGCAAGUCCCACCUCCAGUGCCUAAGCUGGGCCGUGACCCCUCAGAUGAAGACUGCUUCUUUGACCUCCUUAGCAAGUUCCAGAGCAGCCGCAUGGAUGACCAGCGCUGCCAUCUUGAUGAGCCACAGAACGGAGACAACAGAGAAGGUGCUGCAAACUCCGUGCCAUCCCUGAACGAGAUGAUAGAUCCUGCAAUUACCACUUCCCCCCAGACUGAGGAGCUGUUUGAUUUGAUUGCUAGCUCUCAGAGCCGCCGUCUUGAUGACCAGCGGGUUAAUGUUGGUAACCUUCCAGGCCUGAGGAUCACCCAUAACAAUCUGGGACACCUGGUGGGUGAGGGAGAUCAUCAAGAACCCAGCGAUGACUUCUUCAACAUGCUUAUCAAGUGCCAGUCUUCUAGGAUUGAUGAUCAGCGGUGCUCCCCACCAGAAGCAGGCCCCCACGCCCCCACAGUGCCUGAUGAGGACUUCUUCAGUCUAAUCCAGAGGGUGCAGGCCAAGCGUAUGGACGAGCAGCGGGUCCAGCUGCCUGCAGACGACCAGGACAGCCCUCCGUCCCCUGAUCCAGAGCCACCUGGUGGUUUUUCCAGCUAGGACUUGGUGAAUAACGCUGCACAACUUCAUGUCAAAGAAAAUAAAAGCGGAAGAAAUGAAAGAAGGAUGAGCCAACAUUUUAAAGACAGCACUGAAGGGUGAACUAACAAGCUUUUUAAUUACAAGACAAAUUCCAUGUGCAAUAGGUUGUGCCCUGUCAAAUGUUGCUCAAUGCAUUAUGCUCUAUAUGUGUGUAAAUAUAACAGCAAAACAAGCAGAAUUUAAGCUUGGUGGUGUGGGGAAGAAGAAAAGUUUGGGGUAACAUGAUAACAUGAAAUAUGUUCUCAAUCUAAUGCCUUAAUCAGCAUUUUUUUUCAAACUCAAGAUUGUGUUCCCUGGUGUCCGAUGCGUUUUGUAGAAGCACAUGAUGGGCAUACAGUGUAAUGUGGACUAUUAAUGUGGAGACCUAAAGCAUGAGUCGUGGAAAAGAUUUAAUGAUAGAAAGUUGAUGAAAACAUCAGAAAAAUUAUAGAUUUGAACUAGUUUUAUAAAGACAUGAUUGAUAAUGUAUAUACCAAUUGUCUUUAUGAAACAAGAAUUUUUGACAAAAUAUACUGAUCAAUGCUGCUUUUAUCAAUCAAUUUUUGUUGUUCCCAUUGCUCAUGGAAAACUGGUGUUAUUUGUGCAGUAACAGUAUUAGGGAAGGCUGUCCAGUGCUAAACAAACUGCUUUGGUUAGUUUAAAGUUUCCACUGAUUGUCUAAGUCAGAAAAAAUGAAGUGUGGUUAUCAAAGUAAUAUGAUUCAUUUAAAUUGACCAAAAAGUGAUUUUCACCAUAAAUGUUAUUUAUGUGCAUUUAUGCAUUUAUAAAAAUGCAUCUCUUCACACAGUAUGCAGUAACUGAGGUUACUGGGCAAAUGAUAUGAAAUAGUUGCUUAUUUUAUAGAUUCAAAAUUAGAGUUGCGUGAUAAUUCAAACCCCAAUUAAUGUUUCUGCUUAGCUUUUAAAGUAAUCCUAUCUGCUGCCCACAACAUCUGAUAACACAAUACUGCUUACUGCCAUUAUUAUUAUUAUUAUUUAACAUAGAAAUAGAAGCAGAUAUGUCAUAUUUUGAAGACUCUAAUACCAUGAACGAUAUUGAUGCACUAAUUCUAGGUUGUGUGUGCUGCCUCCCUGUGGUCAAAACUUUGUAUUACCUUUGUGAAAUACAGAGUGCACUCUAUUGGGGAUAAAAGGCAUUCCCUCCUCUCGAAUAUUAUAUGAGAACUUUUCUCUGGUUUCAGCAACAAAGUUUUGCCAACUUGCACCAUAAAUGGGGAGAAUUUGCAAAUUAUUUCAUCUAGUAUCAUUUCAUUCAGUGUAUCAUCAAAAUCAGGUAGAGCUCAGUGUACAUUUCUAUCCAUUUAUUGCUAUGAAAGUUCUAAAAUCAGCAAGAGAGGUACAAACCGCAGAAAGGAAACUUGAAUUGGCUUAGAGUUUGAAACAUUUUGCUGUACAGAGCAUCUGUAUAAUGGUACUGUACAAAAAGUAUUUGACCUCACCUAUGGGCUUGCUUUUUAUUCAGAAGUAGUGCAUACCUCAUUUUUGUACCUCAAAGCUUAUGAACUUUAGAGAUAUUCUGAACCAGGAUGGGUCAUGUACCAAGUUCAUAGUGGUUCUGUUUGAUUCAUCUAUCUUUGAUUAACAACACAUUGGGAGCGAAAGUUAAUAUUUUCAUAUUCUUUUUUUGUGAAUUAUAAUUUUUAGAAUGUACCUGGUACGCUUCUAUUUGUCUCUGCCAUAAUUUGUACAUAUAAAUAUAUUUUGUAUUUAUGUUCCAUUUGAGGACAUGAAUAUGUCCCCCUCAUGCUUUUAAUAAAAUGUUUCAGAUGUU